UGCAUACUGACAGAGGGAUGUUCUUGUUUCUGCAGAGUGACCAGCAGCUGGAUUGUGCCUUGGAUUUGAUGAGGCGUCUGCCUCCACAGCAGAUAGAGAAGAAUCUCAGCGACCUCAUUGACUUGGUCCCAAGCCUCUGUGAAGAUCUCCUCUCUUCUGUUGAUCAGCCAUUGAAGAUUGCACGAGAUAAGGUGGUAGGAAAAGACUAUCUAUUGUGUGACUACAACAGAGAUGGAGACUCAUAUAGGUGAGUUCCUAUCCCAAGAAACGAGCUAACUGGUUUACUUUCUACAUCAGAGUAUUGAAGUCCCUUCUCCCUCUUAUCCAAAAAAGGGAAAUUUAAAUGAUAUUAAACUAUAUUAAACUCAUCUCGGUGAGAAAUCUGGGACUGUUUCAAAUCCUGUUCUCUUGAGUAAGAGAAUGCUUCCACUAACAGUGGAAGUAGCUUAGUGUUUCCCUGAUGCAAAAGACACAAACGUCUUCAUCACCUGACACCUAUAGAAUGCUUUGCUUUCAGACAACGUGGCUGUAUGGCCUCUAAUCUGAUGACCUUUGCAGCUCAGGUCCCUGCCUAUCUGUCUCAGAAACAAGAUAUAUUUUAUCCUAGAAACCCCAGGACUUUGUGUGUUUUCUCUACCAAGAUCUGUAGUCAUUCACUCAAGCCUAAAAUCUGAUGUUGUUAUCCUGUUUAAGGGCUGACACUAACGGGUUCCUCUUAGGCUUCCUGUUGCACAGUUCUAUCUUUGAGGAUUGGAACCAAUUGGAUCUCCAGAAAUGUGGUGUGAAAUUAAAUCACCUCUUGUUGCAAGGUUGUAAAAUGUUUGGAAUGGCUGACAACAGAGAAAAAUGAUGAUUCAGGCAGCAAGUUUAAAUAAAAGAAUUAUUGGUUUGUACAAAGCAGUGUGGACUUGCCAGCUGGGAAAGCUGCUUUCAGUUGUGUUUUUAAGGGGUUGUUCUCAUUUUGGAUGUGCAGUGUCAUUAGUUGUCAAUGAAAACAUUGGCCCCAGCUUUUAGUGAAGGAAAGGAAUCCCUUUCUACCAAAAUAGCUAACUUAUUUUCAGAACUGUAGGCAAAGACAAUGAAAAUAUUUGAACAAUAUGAGCUUUAGAUAAUUACAAUAAAUUUCAAAGUGGAAAGAGCUGUAAUAAUAUGAUGACUAUUCAGUAUAUUGGCAGCCACUUUGAAUGCAGUCUCUCCUUUUAUGCUUUUCUUCCAUACCUUGCAUUAGGAUGAUUAUAUUUCAGCAACCAAUGCUUAAAGCUAUUUGUUUUCCUUUCUCCAUUGCCUGCCUUUUGUUAAUGUCUGUAGCGUCGGAGCCAUAGUUCCAGAUAUUUUAAUAAAGAAUUACAGAGCUUAUCCAGAAGCCUUUUGAAUAUUGCAUCACCUGGCUUUUGCUCUUUCUCUUAACGAAGGCUGCUACACCAUGAAGUAAUGAACACCAUCCAUCUUCUGUCCUGAGUUAACAGCUCAGCUGUUCCACCUCCUCUUCUGGUUCCGAUUAGAGGCUUAGAUUUUGUGCUCCCUUUCUGGUUUGGUGUAAUAGCUUUAUGUUUCUAGUGCUAACAAUUGGAACUGCUUUGCAGUAAGAGUUUAGCUUUGCUUUGCUUUGCGGUGGUGAUUUAUGUUCAUUUGGCCAGAAAGUUUCAAGAAUUCUGUUCCAAGUUGGAAUUCCACAAAAUAUUUUGACUUUUCUUUUUCUUUGGCUCAGACCAUCACUGCAGACACUGCAGGUAAGUUUAUGGAGGAUUAUAACUUAGUUGGUUUCGAUCGCAGGAAAGGUGCUUAACUAAACUGAAAGCACAUCUGUCUGUAGAUGAUUGAUACGGAAACACACUGAGAUUCAUUUUGCCCUGUUAGUGUGAGGAGCAGACUGCUAAUGUGGAGCUUGACAGUGCAUCUGGGUUGUGGCCAACUGUAAAUGACAGAGAGCUUUUUUUUUAAGUAUAUCCUCUAUUGCAGUGGGCCAAGAGGUACAAAAGUCUCUAAGGUGAAGUGUCUGCUCGUGUUCUGAAGGGUGCUGUCCUAAUAUUGAAAUCUUCUCCAGGCCACCACAAGAUACAUGUGCACAGCUGCAUCCUUUCUGGCACAUGCAAGAGGAUGGAGCAUACCACAGAUAAUGUAUUUCUUGUGGGUCCUUCACGAGAUGUUUUCACCCUGAGGCUGUGAUGUGUUUCUGACAAUCUCUUUGGAUCUUUUUUAGACUGUUGACGUGAGCAUCCAUCACCAGAUGCUCAGAAAAAUGGAAAAGGCACUUGUUAAACUGUAAUAACACUUGCCCCUCCCCAUUCCCCAACACCUCGUGUUUAAUUACUGCAUUUGGAAGCCCUUUCUUUAAGGUUAGUUUCAUGCUUGCUUCUGACCUUUGCUCAGUCUCUUCCCUACUAAAUAGAUACUUAAAUAGUAACAGGGAAGCAGGAGGACUUAUUACAUAAUGAGGUUUCAGAAAAGGUUUUUAUUUCUUUGUAGUGAACAGCCGUAAUGUAUAAAUUGUUGGCAUUAAAGAAUGCUGUUCUUUCUCCGAGGCUUUUGGUUCAAGUGUUCUGGAUUGAAGUGAUUCUCCCUUCUGGAACUGAUUGGCCUCAAAGUAAAUUUCACAAAGUAAAAAUUCCUUCCUUCAACAGAAGGCAAAAGCCUUUGAAAACCAGGCAACGUGAACAUGUGCAUGUGUUGAUCCAGUCCGUGCCUGUGUUCAGAUAAUGUUAUUCAUACCUCAUAAAUUCUGAAGUUGUUAGUGGGAAGUGGCUCUUGCACUAAUGUAAUCAAUUAGACCAGGAUCGAGGAGGAGUGUUUUAUACCUCUAAAAGCUUUUGAUAUUUCCACAAAGGUUUUCAGAACCACACGCUAGGUGAGAAGCCACAAGAAGUGCUGCAGUCACCUGCAGAAUGCUACCUCCCCAAUUACUGCACACUCUGAACUAAACUUCAGUUUUCUUCUCUUGGAGACUUUUACUAAUUGCAUUUCUUUUAGUACAGAUCCAAAGGUUUGAAGAUGUUCUGUGGACAGCUGAGCCUUGUAUGAAUUUUCCAGGAAGCCUGCAGCUUCCUCACUGGGAAUCAAGCUUCGUAGGCCUUUUUUGAGCAGCUUUACAGUUUGACUGGGUGGCAGCUUUGAGAAAAAACAGGGAUGUUUGUCCAUUCUGAUGAUUGAUAACCUCAUCUGUUUCAUGGGGGCAUCGUUCAAGGAAAUUAAUAUCCUAAUUGCUGAGCCACAAUCACAGUUCACUCCUUCCUUGUGUAUUAAGGAAUGUGAUUUUCUUUGUGCUGGCAUGGAUCAGACCACAAAAUACAUCCUGGAGUCUCUCUUGGAUCUUCAGAUGUCAGUAGUUUCACAUUUCAUCGUAUUAUCACACUGCUGCUUAUGUGAUCAGCCUCUUAUGUGUGUAUGCUUGCAGGCAAUUCUGUGAGUGCUCCUGUAAUAAAAGGAAGGUUUGGGGGCAUAUCAAAAGGCAGUGGAAUCCACAUUGUGAAAGCAGUACCUUUUUUUUUUCUUCAAUAUAUAGAACUUCAAGGUCUCUGACUUUGUCCAUACACUCCCAUUCAAAAUAUAUUUGAUCACUCCAUUAAAUGGAAUCCUUAUGGGGAAUUUGGUGCCAACAACACUGAAGCCUGUUAACUGAAACAAAAAGCAUUCUCUUUUAGGGAAAUUAGAGGUCUGACUUUUGAAAUUUAAGUGCCCCUGUCCAUCUGUCUUUCUUCAAAUAGCCUCCAUUAAAGCUUUUAAAUGUGUUGUGAGUACUCUUCCACAAAGCAAAAA